UGGUGGACCUUUUUGAAAUAUAAUCACCCAUCAUUUAUAUAUUGAUGUUUACUAAAGAAGCCAAAAAAAUUUAGCAAAACAUGUCGGCUUGCUACAAAUAGAAAACCCAAAAAGAGAGAAACGUCAAAAUGUUAUCAGCAUCGCCAUGAAAAGGUGGCUGCUGGUACUUUUAAUUGCUUUAAGUUUUGUUACACAAUUUCAGUUGCAGGUCGCCGUUUCAGUAGGUGAAAGUCAAUAUUUUACAAGUUAUCAUCAAGCUGUAAACCAUGACAUCGCGUUCGGCGCUCUUUUGCCUCUCCACUCAAGAGACAAACGUGGAAUUUGCGGAUCUCCAAAGCGCCAAGAAGGGUUUUUAUGGCUGCAUGCUCUGCAAUACGCAGUGGAAGACGUGAACAGAAAGUGGGACGCACGGCGUUUUAAUGCAUCUUUGACACUUACUGUGUGCGACACUUGUAAUGAUGAACAAAUAGCUUUAGAACAAGCCCUCGACCUUGCAUAUACAUACAAGAAGAAGUUAGAUGGUGGCGACGAUUUAAAGCCGGUUUUGGGUGUUAUAUCUUCCUCUAAGAACAAGGAUGCUUCGACUCUCCUAGGACUGUUCAAGGUACCGCAAAUUAUCUUUGGUAAAGACAACAAUACGCCUGACAGUCCAGGUGAUAUUUUACAAUCAGUGUCCAUUGGAUAUUACAAGGCUCGUGCGCUUGCAGAUCUUGUCAAAUAUUUUACAUGGAGUGCUGUGUCUGUCGUUUAUUCAACUGAACAUCAGGAUGACUUUGAAAUAUUUUUGCGCAUAUCCAACAUCGAAAAGCUUUGCGUUGCGGUGAAGGUUUUGCUUAGUGGCGAGGGAACACACUCUGUAUCGUAUGAGCAGACAAUUGUGAAACUAUUAUCUGAGCCAGCGUCCACCAUAGUUAUUUUAUUUACAGACGACAGAGAAACGAAAAAAAUAUUGCAAACUGUUAAAAUUGUGAAACCAACUUCACAAUUCACAUGGAUCGUAACCAACCAAAGAGACGUACACUGCUUUGAGGGUAACUCAGAAGAUGACAAUUUUGUUAUUGUCCCUCACUUUCCUUUCAUGGAAGGAUUCAAGGACUACUUCGAAAACAAAGGCGAUACAAUCGAGUUCAACAGCAUCAUUCAAAUGCCCGUUGAUCAAAGCAGCUGCUCAAACAUUGGGACAGCUGACUCACCUUCUAAACGAAGAAAGGAAGAAAUUCAAGCAUCUAUGAAUAGUAUUUAUUUGCUUGCGCAUGCGUACGAAAAGGCAUCCCACGCCAUCAUCGGCCGCACCACGAUGCAGCUCGACCGAGUAGUGUUUUCGAGGAGUCUGGGACACGUACUAGACGUUUUCUAUAGUCAGAACUGGAAACGUUUUUCGGGUCAGCAGCAUAUGAAGGAAAAUAUUUUUUCUUUGAUCUCUGUGAAGUCGAAUGGAUCUGUCAAAAAUCAUGUUACUGUUGGUACUUGGGACAGUUCAUGGUAUAUUAACGGCUUUAGAAUCAAGUGGCGGAACCAAACAGUGCCAAAAUCCUCCUGUGGUAACCAGUGCCCUCCAGGUCACAUUCGAGUCUUAAAGAACGAUAACGAGUGUUGCUGGUCGUGUGCAACGUGCCACUACAAUCAAAUCGUGAAGGAUGAUUACACAUGCGUAGAUUGCUUGAGGGGCUAUUGGCCGAAUGAGGAUUUUAAGAAGUGCGAGUUUCAGUGGCAGAGAACGUUAUUCUUCUGCACUUUAGCUGUUUCUUUCGUGGCACUCGUCUUCCUUUUCAUGGUGCUUUAGCCCUUUAAUUCCCAGAGGUGAUGAACAAUAGACUUAUUUGGUAAAAAAAGCCGCUCUAGAAUCAACAGUGGUAAUCGUCUUGUUCCGCGCGCCGCAAAUAAAUACUUGAUGGAUCAUAGAUACGAUAACCUCCAUUUGGCUUCCAAAAGGCGUGCUUAUUUCCUCUACUUUUCCUCUUGGAAAAGUGUUAAAUCGUCAGACAAUUUUCCGCAGAAAAAUAUUUUUUCGUGCUAAAUGGAAGCUGUUAUUAAUAACACCAGAAAACCUCACGUACAAUGAAUGCUCGGCAGGUAGAGAUGAUAAGUGUCUAUUAGAUCGUGGAAGUUAAAGUAUACAAUGGUUCUCAAGCCGGAAAAGUUACAAUUUUUUAUGAGCGAAGAAAUGAACAA